AUCUUACAUGGCUUCCUUUGUUCCUCGUAUCAUGUUUAUAUUACCUCCUCUUCUCCCUCUGCUCCAGAUUCAACAGCGAGUUUGAGGUUUCUCUUCGUAAAAGGAUGUCGAUGAAUCCUUCUCAACUGGACUCCGCAUCCACUCCCCCUGCACAAACACUCGGCCAUGCUGACCUCAACGAACCUUCCCAUUGUCCUAUGGACUCGGUUUUUCAAAUAUUACUUCGUCUCCCAGUCAAGCAUCUUCUUCGUUGCAGAUGUGUUUGUAAACCUUGGUGCUCUCUAAUUGAUAGCACAAAUUUCGUCAAUAAACAUCUUCAAAGAAACACUGAAUGCAACCCUGACUCUGGUAUAAUUUUCAAAGCUUUGCCGGAAGGUAACAAUUUUUACUUAGCAAAUGUGGAUUCCUUGAAUGAUUUAGCCGUUAUGGAAAUAUCUGACCCGCUCAAGACUCAAUUAUCUGGUGCUGAAUUUGUUGGAACCUGUAAUGGCGUGGUCUGCUUGUGGCAGAAUGAUAUCGAUAUUUUACUAUGGAAUCCCGCAACUAAGAAGGUUAGAGUAUUACCUACACCAACUAAUAUUCCUAUUCCAUUCAUGCUUAUGGGGUCAGACGCUGUGGGAUUCGGGUAUGAUCAUCUCAACGAUGAUUACAAGGUUGUCAGAACUGUUGACAGUCAGCUUCAGGGCAUCAUGGUGAGUGUUUACAGCCUCAAAAGCAAUUCAUGGUCAAGAGCUGAAACUAUUACGAAUAGAAUUCGGUUGAGGAUGAAUUUUGGUUUGUUUGUUAAUGGGGCUUUGUAUUGGCUUGCAACCAAGGGCCCUCACAUUAUUGUUGCUUUUGAUCUCUCAGUUGAGAAACACAGGGAGCUCCCGCUUCCUGAUGGUGUGAACAAGACUGAUAGUUAUCAUCUGAGUCUGAUUGUCUUUAAUGGAUGUGUAUGCUUGAUUGAUCAUUAUCCCGGAUCUCGAACGGAUAUCUGGAUGAAAAGCAAUAAUGGUUUGGAAAAUUCUUGGUCCAAGUUCUUAGCAUUGGAGCAACCUGGCAUACUCGGAGCUUUUAAUUUUGUUUGGCCGAUAGCUUUCUCAAAGAUUCAGAAUAAUAUUCUGUUAGCAGUGAAUGCCGAUAAAUUCAAAUUUAUGUGGUAUGACAUUGAAAGGAAUGAAGUUAAGAAUGCCGUGAUUCAUGGAAUUCCAGUUAGGUUUGCUUCGCUUGCCUACACCGAGAGUCUUGUUUCCUUCACUUAUGAUUUCAAACCGGAAGCAGAGGAGCUGCUGAAGGUUUAUACAUAUAUGUGCCACUUUCUUUCUAGUUUCAUCCAGAGGCUGUAAGACACUACGCGAUGGAGUAAAAGAAGUUGAGAGAACUGGUUGGGUAUUGUGAUUUACAUCUUUUUAGCUCUAUUUUCUGAUUCCAUUUUUUUCUAUGAGUGAGAUACUGAAGUUUAUGUGAUAAAUAAAUUGACCUUGUUAUAUAUUGUUCUAGUCCUUGGAUCAAAGAUAA